CAAGUUGGCACUCCAGGUACUACUACACCACGCUGCAGGUGGCCGGUGGAUGAAGAGAGAUGUCCGGGGUGUUAUUAACCUCGCUACCUACAAAGCUCCUUGUCGACAUGGACGCAGUGGAAUAACCUUUUUUUUUUUUUUUUUUUUUUAAAAACCAACAACAAACAAAAAAACGUGCGACGGUGACAAGUGUUAUUUGAAUGAGCUGUUAAUGUUUGGCGUAGAGCAGAGACUAUAGUUUGAUUCUCAGAGUGAUAUUUUGGGGGGUAUUUACUGAAAGAAUGGCGCUGGCGAGAUUCAGUAAGAUUCUGCGUUUACCCGCACUUGACAUCAAAAGGAAAGCCAAACAUUACGAGCAUGUCCACCGUGACGUCAACCCCAACGAUCAGUGGGAUAUUAUAGGGGAGCUGGGCGAUGGUGCCUUUGGGAAAGUAUACAAGGCCUGCAACAAGGAGACUGGCGUUCUGGCUGCAGCCAAAGUGAUCCAGACCAAAUGUGAGGAGGAGUUGGAGGACUACAUGGUGGAGAUCGAAAUCCUGGCUAAAUGCGACCACCGCUACAUCGUCAAGCUGCUGGACGCCUUUUACUUCAACAACCAUCUCUGGAUCAUGAUUGAGUUUUGUCCAGGAGGAGCUGUUGAUGCCACAAUGCUAGAGUUGGAUCGAGGGCUGACGGAGCCACAGAUAAAGGUGGUCUGCCAGCAGAUGCUGGAGGCUCUGACAUACCUCCACUACAUGAAGAUCAUCCACAGAGACCUGAAGGCCGGCAAUAUCCUCCUCAUGCCAGAGGGGGACAUCAAACUCGCUGAUUUUGGUGUAUCUGCCAAAAACACCAAAACCCUCCAGAGAAGAGAUUCUUUCAUCGGCACGCCAUACUGGAUGGCCCCCGAGGUGGUCAUGUGCGAGACCAUGAAGGAUGCGCCGUAUGACUACAAGGCCGAUAUCUGGUCCCUGGGAAUUACUUUGAUCGAGCUUGCCCAGAUAGAACCUCCGCACCAUGACCUAAACCCUAUGAGGGUGCUGCUAAAGAUUGCCAAGGCGGAUCCCCCCAGCCUUGAACAACCAAACAAAUGGUCACCAGAGUUCAAAGAUUUCCUGAGGAGAGCGUUGGAUAAGAACCCCGAGACGCGCCCGACUGCAAAACAGCUCAUGGAGCACCCUUUUGUGAGCUCGGUGACGUCGAACCGCCCGCUGAGGGAGCUGGUGGCCGAGGCGAAGGCUGAAGUCUUUGAGGAAAUCGAGGACAAUAGAGAGGAAGGAGAGGAGGAAGACACCUUGGAGCUCACUGUGACCAGUCUGGAAGGAGACCAGUCCCCGGAACAAGAGAGCCCCACCACAUCCCUGAUCGUGCAACAUUCUCCACUGGAAAAUGGGCCAGCCUCACCCACAAAGGAGCAGCCGGUUCCCAUCAUGGCCACCCCAGUUCCCUUACCGAGGCACAAUCUCCCCGCUAAGGAUCAACUGGACUCUGGAGAUAAGCUGGAGUCUGAGAAAUAUGAGAGUGUCGUGUCAAUUAAGACGUCCAGCUCGGACUCUGGCAUCGAGGACGGGAAGAGCUCACCCACGUCUGAAAGGGAGAAGGUUGUUGUGGAAACCAAGCAGCUUCCAUCUGUCCUCCAAUCUGAGGCGUCUGAGGACAGUGUUGACAUUGCUAUCGGUUCCUCAAAACCACAGGUGCCCAACACCCAGUUCUCUGUUGACCAGAGUCCAGACGUGUCAGCUCACCAACCAGUACCGACCCCAGCACUUGUUUCCACUGGUCCUUCACAAGCACAUAGUUCCUGGCCGAGCAGCAUCCGAAACAAGAUGAGCCCUGACCAAGUAUCGAUAGCAUCCACUCCCGAGGUGGCCCCGCCUUACAUCAACGGAAAGAUCAAUAGCGUAAGGCGAUCUACGGGCAGCUUGGGGUCGGAGACCUUGAAAAGCAUGUCGCUAAACAAGGAGAGCUUCUCGCUGUCUUCAAGGGACACUUCGCGGAAGACUCUAAAGCGAACCAGAAAGUUCAAAGUUGAUGGCGUCGACGUGAGCGUGACCACUUCUAAGAUCAUCAAGGAUGAUGAGAAGAAGGAUGAGGAGAUGAGAUUCCUGAGACGCCAGGAGCUACGUGAGCUGCGUUUGCUCCAGAAGGAGGAGCAGCGAGCUCUGACUCAACUCCAAACCAAACUGGAAAAUCAGAAAGAACAGAUGCAGAAACGCUUCGACCAGGAAAUGCAUGCCAAGAAGAAGCACUACGAUGUGGACUUGGAGAACCUGGAGAAGCAGCAGAAGCAGACCAUUGAGAAGACUGAGACAGACCACCACGUUCAGCUCAAAGAGGAGACCAAACGCAUCAAAGCCGAGCAGCAGCGCGAGUACCAAGUGUUCCAGGAGAAGCUCAAGCUAAAGAAGAAGGAGUUAAAGCAAUCUGUGGACAAGCUGCCCAGAAGUCAGCGCAAAGAUUGUUUGAAAAAAUCCAUGCAGACCUACCAAGACAACAAGCUUCUCGAGGAGGAACAAUUCCUGGCAGACCAGAAGAACAGGUUGGACUUGACCCUCCAAAAAAUCAUUGAAGACAACAAGAAACUGAUUGCACGGACGGAGAUGGAUUGUCUCUACAAGAAGCAGAACCUGAUCAGAGAUCGGGAAUCUACAAUAUGGGGUUUGGAGGAGAGUAACAUCCAUGAGAAAUAUCAGCAGUUGAAGCAGCAGCUCAAAGAACAGUACUUCCUCCAGAGGCACCAACUCCUCAAGAAACACAACAAGGAGCAGGAGCACAUGCAGUGCUACAACCAGCGCAUGGUCGAGCUUCUAAAAAAUCGUCAGCAACAGGAGAAGAACCGCCUGCCAAAGAUCCAACGCAACGAGGCCAAAACCCGCUUGGCUAUGUUCAAGAAGAGCCUGCGCAUCAACUCCACAGGCAACAGCUCUGAAGACAAGGAGAAGAUCAAACAGUUUUCCCAGCAGGAGGAGCUGCGUCAGAAGUACGAGAAGCAGAUGCAACUGAAGAAACACGAUAACCAGAUGAGAGAAAAGAUCGGCGAGUGCGCGAACAACAUCCGAGAGCUGCAGGAGCUUCAGAACGAGAAGCAGCACCUGCUGGUUGAGAAUGAGUCGCAGAGGCUCAAACAGCUGGAGGAGCAACACAACCAGCAGCUGAAAGACUGGCAUGAUCAGCUGAGACCCAGGAAGAUGGCGCUUGAAGAGGAUCUGACCAAGAAGAGGAAGGAGCAGGAACGAUUUUGGAGCAUGAAAAAAUCUUCAGAAUUUCAGAUUUCGGGAUCCGUCAGUAAUGUGUCCAAGUUUAUGCCUUAUCCGGAAUCUUCCACCACAUAAAUAGCAAGCCUCCUC